AUGAUAUUUACAUUAAGUGUUGUAGUGAAAAGUGCCCGACAGCCGCGUCUCCGACCCCCACCCCCUCCCUGCUCCCAUGCAUUUCUGGAUGUUUCUAUCUCAUUGAUGUCCCAAUGGUUUUAUGGCAGGACUGCAGGAUUAGAAAGAAAGUGCCUGACAGCCGCUUCUCCAACCCCCACCCCCUCCCGGCUCCCGAGCGUUUCUGGAUGUUUCCAUCUCAUUGAUGUCCCAAUGGCUAUAUGGCAGGACUGGAUCAGUAAGAAAAUGCCCGACAGUCACUUCUCCGACACCCACCCCCUCCCGGUCCCGAGCGUUUCUGGAGGUCUCAUUGAUGUCUCAAAAGCGUUAUGGCAGGACUGGAUCAGUUAGGAAAGAAAAGAAGUAUGCCAUCAAACGUUUCUACCUGCCCACAAAGAACAACGAUAGAAUACGCACAUGGGACAACUCUUUCUCGCGUAUACAUGAAUCAUGUACAUUGAACUGUAUUCUAUACAUCGUUGUUAGGGAGCUUACGGGUGAUGAGGCCCGACAUCUAGUGGUACGAGACAAAUUCCUGUAAUUCUGGAUGACAAACGGGCAGAGGUUUCUGAGUUUUCCCUAUAAAAGAGGGUUUUAUCUCAGUUUUUCCUCGGCGAGUCGACCACGUCUGUAAGCUCAUGUUGCAAAUUCAUACUGUUAAUGCUUAUUGAUUUCUCCAAGUUCUUCUUUAUGAAAUAUCAAAGUUAUAAAUUUGAAAUUGUACAGAAGAGAAAUGUAUCUCAAUUGAAUAAAUUCUCUCUGUGUUUUACGCACAUGUCUUUUAACUAGAUGAAUAUGCUUUUGUGUCAAGAUGUUGUAGACGAUUUGUUAUGUAAUUAUUUUAACAAUAUAAAAUUACAUUUGUGU